UCUCUAUAUUUAUAUUGUAAACACACCAGUUGCUUUUGAGUGUCUACAAAGGUGUGCAGUUCAGACUUUGAGAAUAUUAUAAACUUAUUUUGCACUGUCACAUAUUUAAGCCUUUAUUUGAACCCUCUUUUUGGCUUUGAUGGUGAUUUUGCUAGUUGAAUGUGUGUUUUUAAUUUUGAUAAUAAAAAAUAAAAAAAAACUACUGUUUAUUAGUGAAAAGAUGCUGGAGGUUCAUUAUCUCGUAAUUAGGCCCAUAUCUUCAAAUUCAUUUUGUAUUUGCAUUUUAUUGCUCAUUAUCACAGAUAGAGAUCUUACCUACAGUACAAUUCCGUCCAUCCUUCAAAUCUCAAAUUAUUCCUAACCUUGUUAGACAGGAAAUUGAGCCAACAGUUUCAAGCACAUCAACAGACCCACUGAAAUAGUGAGUUUUGAAGAGGGAGAUCUGAGCCAUAUCUAGGAACUAAUAUAUGAUAGAAAUAUGGUGUGGGCUUUUUUGACUUUGGCCAGUAAACAACCAGAACACCAUAGCAACCUUUGGCAUGGGCAGUUUUCUUAGAAAAAUAUAUAAAAAUAUCUAGUCAUAUGUUCCUGUUACUUUUUACUGCAUUGUAAGCCAUUGCAAGUUUUUACAGAAACGUUUGGCAACAUCUAAUACUCCUGGCAUGCCUAGUUAAAGGCUUGUUUAUCGCAUCGGAUCAAAAAUAUUCCAGAUGGUCUUCCUGUUGCAUCACUCAUUGUAUAGAAAAACAUCAUUAACCCUCCAACAUCUGACCACUUACUGCACAUUGUGGACAACCAGCACAUGCUGCACUACAUCCGGGACAAAACAGCUGUGCCAUACUUCUCCAAUUUGGUCUGGUUCAUCGGCAGCCACGUCAUCGAGUUGGACAAGUGUGUGCAGACUGAUGAAGAACAUAAAAACAGAGGGAAACUAAGCGAUCUGGUAGCUGAGCAUCUGGACCACCUUCACUAUCUGAAUGACAUCCUCAUCAUCAACUGUGAGUUUCUCGAUGACGUGCUGACCGACCACCUUCUCAACCGCCUGUUCCUGCCCUUGUAUGUGUACUCUCUGGUCAGCCAAGAGCAGUCAGAAGAGCGCAAGAUCAACCCUCAGGUGUCACUCUACCUGCUGUCACAGGUGUUCCUUAUCAUUCACUACCAGCCGCUUGUGAACGCCCUGGCGGAUGUCAUUCUCAAUGGAGACCUGUCCGUUUUCUCCGUGCAGAUGGAGCAGAGUGCUCACAAGAGUUUAAGCAAUGCUGGUGUGCGUCGCUUUACCAAGCCACCAGAGAGUCUGGAGCGUUCACUGGAGAUGAGUUGUCAACGUGGGCGGAAGAGGGCCCAGAAAAGACCCAACUACAAGAAUGUUGGCGAGGAAGAGGAGGAAGAGCGGGGAUCAGAGGAGGGGCCAGAAGAAGAGAAGGCUAAAGGUACAGAGGCUAACUCAAAGGCCAGCAGGACAAGUGGGGACAAGGAAGAGAUUGAGAUGGUGGUGAUGGAAAAAUGUAGGAUUUCAGAAGUGUCUGUGUUAACAGAACAGAACAUUACAGAUGAAGAAAAGAGUGCGGCUCGAUCUGAAGGCCAGAAGAGCAGGCCCUUCCUGGACAUGUUGUAUAAUGCAUUGGACUGUGACACAGAGGAUUACCAGGCUCUUUUUGUGCUUUGUCUCCUGUACGCCGUGUCUCACAGUAAAGGUAUAAACCCAGAGCUCUUGGAGAAGAUCCAGUUGCCCGUGCCAGAUCAGGAGAGGAGCUCUUACAGCCAGGUGCUAGUGGAAAGAGUGAUCCGAAUCAUGAGCCAGGCUGCUCAGCCAGAUGGGAAGGUGCGUCUUGCAACUCUGGAGUUGAGCUGUCUGCUUCUGAAACAGUCUGUGCUCUCCGGCUCUCAGUGCAAUAUAAAGGAUGUUCAUUUGGCCUGUUUGGAGGGUGCUCGAGAAGAGAGUCUUCACCUUUUGAGGCGGUUUUAUAAGGGGGAGGAGAUCUUCCUGGACAUGUUUGAGGAUGAAUACAGGAGCAUGAUGAAUAAGCCCCUAAAUGUGGAGUAUCUCAUGAUGGAUGCAUCCAUUUUACUUCCUCCCACUGGCACCCCCCUUACCGGCAUUGACUUUGUGAAGAGACUGCCCUGUGGAGAUGUUGAAAGGACACGCAGGGCUAUCCGUGUGUUCUUUAUGCUGCGCUCACUGUCUCUACAGCUUCAGGGAGAACCAGAAACUCAACUUCCUCUCACCCGACCUGAGGAUCUCAUCAAGACAGACGAUGUGCUUGACCUGAAUAACAGUGAUCUUAUUGCUUGCAUGGUGGUGAGUAAAGAUGGGCUUCAGGCACAGCGCUUCCUUGCUGUGGACGUGUACCAGAUGAGUCUGGUGGAACCGGAUUCCAAGCGUCUGGGCUGGGGUGUUGUCAAGUUUGCCGGCCUUCUGCAGGACAUGCAGGUUUCAGGGGUAGAAGAUGACAGCAGGGCUCUGAAUAUCAUAAUUCACAAGCCCACAUCCAACCCCCACGCCAAGCCUCUCCCUAUCCUGCAGGCCAAUUUCAUCUUUGCCGACCACAUUCGCUGCAUCAUUGCCAAACAGAGACUGGCCAAGGGUCGCAUCCAGGCCAGACGCAUGAAAAUGCAGAGGAUAGCAGCUCUGUUGGACCUUCCUGUUCAGCCUUCCACUGAGGUGCUGGGCUUCAGCCAGCCGUCUGUUACUUCAUCUCAGCUGCCUUUCCGCUUCUAUGACCAGUCUAGACGAGGCCCAGCCUUCGUGUCUGUUGAUAAAGUUCCAGGUUUUGCAGUUGCUCAUGUUCCUCAGCACAGCUCCACACCAGCCUCUUCCUCCUCAACCCCUUCCAGUGGCGGCACUGGACCCUGCAACUCCAACACAACCAGCAGUGCAUCCACAAACUCUGCCACACAGAAUCAAACAGGACUCGCCCUGGCGCCUAGCCUCACCCCUGCGCCGCAGCCCACCAUCUCUCUCCUGUCUGGCAACGAUGCCGAGACGCUAAGCGUAGACUCCUUGACCCUGCUGCCCCCCGCCGACCCUCCUCGCCUGCGCUCCUUCAGCACUCAGUUCUCUGUCCAGUAUGACGCAUCUGCGGAUGGGGACGAGACGACAGCUGCCAUCCAAAUGGAAGACGACAGCACGGAGGCGGUGAAUACACAGCUUCAAGAGGACAAGAAGGACAUUUCAGUCAUAGCUGAAGAAGAUGAACCAUCUCUUGAGUCUGUAACAUCCGAGUCUGGGCCUAGUGGUGAUUCAUGGGAGGAACCCGUGAUUCAGCCCGAGACCGAUAACCCUGACCUGGAGAAGGAGACAGCAAUAGACUGAUGGAUCUAGUCCAUAACAGUCCUCUGACUGAAGAACAAUAGUACAAAAACUCAAAGGCUGAAAAAUUGUGGCCAAAACAAGAAAUACAUAUUAUGUCGGUCAGUCCGUGCAGUUUCAGUAAUGUGAAAUAAGCAUGACUGAUUCCUUGCACAAUCAAUGGUUGUGUUCUGGUUUUGCACAAGCUAGUAAAGCUAGUUUCCACAUGCUUUUGGCAUUAGUGUUUCAGGCCCAAGUUUAAUCUGUGUGUAGGUAACCGAUUGUGUCAACACUUGCGUCUGUUGAUUUAACAUGGCGGUUCUGAAAACUUUUCUUUACAUCUAGACCAUGAUGAAUUUCAAAGGACAACAGCACUCUCAGAAGAGAAUUACACCAUUGAUUGUCACGAGCACUGCUAUAAGCACAGCAUUGUUGAGUGUGUUGUGUAUCAUUCUUUCUGCGAAGGUGCUGAAAGAGCUCCAGCUUUUGUUUGUUUGUGUGUGUGUGUAUGUAUGUGUGUAAUUGAGAGUUUUGUGUGUCUGUGUGGUUUUAUGAUACUGAGCAGAAGAUGAAAGGACGCGUUUAUAUAAAUAUGUAUCUGAGUGGGUUAUUGGGGAAUGCCCGCUUGAUUUUACCAGUCUUAACACUGAGGAAUGUACAAAGACUUCUGGGUCUAUCCAGUGGUGCUCUUUUCUGAAGGUAUAUUUCAUUUUGACUGAACAUUCAUUUGCACUUCAACAGGUGUUUUUUUUAAAAAGCCCUUGGUCUUAUUCCUUGGAGAUUGUAAGGAAUGCAUAUGCUUCACUGAGCUCCUCUUUUGAUUAAAAAGUUUGUUGAAUACCAUUUGCAUAAUUAGCACUGAAAACCCCUGAACUCUCACUCCGUUCCGGCGAUCGUAGGAGGUUUAUCCAAACAAGUCCACUCUUGCUGCACCUUUUUGUAUGAAAAAGUCACAUAUGUCAGCCAUGUUUUAAAAGGAGUUUUUUCAGUUUUUUUUUUUUGUUUUUUUUUUGUCACGUAAAGGAGCAUGAGGUCAUUGAUAAUUCCUACACAUUUAUUUCACUGCCACUUAGACGUACUGUCACACAUUUUUGUUUUGAAAUGUUCUGGAAUCUGCCAACACAGGGUGAAUAAACCUGUUCUCUUUCACAUAUAUUUUACAUACUUGGAAGUGGCCCUUUGCUUAUUUUCAAGCUGAGGCAAGUUUUAAUGUUCAAGAGCUUGUGCUGGACACAUGUAAUCAAAACUGGGUGUGAUGUAUUUGUGAUUUAAGUUUACUUUGGUGUGAAAUAAGUUAUAUGACCUAAUUUAAUUCACUUACAGAUUCAAGAAAUGUGAGUACUUAUGGACUGAAAUGGAAAAUUAGUUUUCAGUUUCUAGACAGCAGGGCAUAGAAAUGGCACAUAUACUUUGCGUUGUGGUAGCUACGACUAGGUGCUUCUCUCCGCAAGAAAAUCACCCAGAUUUGAGCUUUGUUGGCUGAGUUUAUUAAAUAAUAAAGCAAUAAAAUAAAUUCUGCUUAUUUCAGUAUUUUGAGGUUAAAUUCAUCAUAGAAGUGGGUGGCAGGGCAUCAAAAAUGUCUUAGUUUGUACACAGUGUAUAGCUUUCUUUUGAUCCGUUAAUUAAUUUACCAACAGCAACUAUCAAGGUCAUGCAAUAAAUUAUUCUGACAUACACUUUGGUCUUGUUGCCUUGUUUUCCCUUCUUUCAAAUUGUGAUCCAGUUCUGUGCAUGAUCCAGGGCUCAUAAAUCUGCCAUAAAAUCUGUCCCUUCAAAGUUUUAUCUGUAGUAGUUGUGUAAACUUCCAAAAUUCCUGUAUUGGAGAGUUGUUUUACAAGCUUAUUAAAUUUUUGAUGGUCAUCAAUCCUUGGAAUAGUUCGGUUUCUGUGUGUUUGGGUCUCAGAAGAGGGGUGAUCUGGAAGAAAUCCAGUUUCAAGUCUAAAAGCUUGGUCUUUGAUUUCAUUUUAACAUAAAUGUAUACACCCUGUUGAAUAUUUGUUAUAUAAAAAGAUUUCUGGAAAUAAAAUGUGUAUUUUAUUAGGAAAAAUAAGAAAAGAAAAACAGAAUACACAGCAACGCAGACUAAACUGAUUCUCUAGGAAAUUAAUGAUAUGCAGUUGAGGGUUUUUUUUUUUUUUUCUUACUGUGAAAAGCGUCAACAAUUUGGAAGUUUUUUUUUUUUUUUUUUUUUUUUUUUUUUUUUAUUU